UUGCCUGCUAUAUUACCAAGUGCGUUGAAGGAAAAGCUGCUGCCACUAUUGAUGACCACUCUAGGGAGAGAGUACAAUUUUUUGACACAAUUUGCAGUACCCGUCAGCCUGCCCAUAGAUUGCCUGCUAUAUUACCAAGUGCGCUGAAGGAAAAGCUGUUGCCACUGUUGAUGACCAUUCUAGUUCCAUCGCACUACGAGGAUGAUCCAUGGCUGGUCACGGACGAUCACCUGCGAGGACGAUUCAUGGCCGGUUGGGGAUGGUCAGUUCCAUCACACUGCGAGGAGAUGAUUCAUGGCCGGUCGAGGAUGGUCACCUGCGGUGAGCACGAGUACCUCCUCCAUAUCCUCCCUAUACUAGCACACUUGGCGAUGAAAAUGACAGCCAGGAGAAUCCCUCCUUCACACCUCUUCUCCAUCUCUGUCAAAUUGUCCUCUCCAGCAAGCCCGAAGGCCAACCUUAAUACUGGACCUCGAGAGGAGCAUGUGGCCAACCAUGCCGGAGGACGCAGAGGAGUUGUUUGGGAAUGUUAUCAUCAGAGGACCCAAGAAGCAGCCCACCAUGGAUGCAUGGACCAACCACGGAAGUCUAUUCUUGCAAUCCAUCUGUGGCGAGGGUUCAUGACAUACAAGCCGAUAGAUUUGGGGGUCCACUUCCCGGUGAAACAAAUGUUCAUUGCAGACAAUACGAAGACGAUGAUUGGUACAUUGAGGCUGCAAGGUUGCACCUUGGAGCUCAAAAUUUGGUGUCUUCGCAUUGAAGGAUCCAAUCCAUCGACUUUGGAGUUUGAACAUGUCACUUGUGAUGGGGAGAGGAAGAGAUGACUUGCAUACACUGGACAAUGAGUGUGUUAGCAGCGUGGUGGCUCAGGACUGUACAAGUUGUAGUAGCCCCUUCCCUUGUAAUUGUUUUGUUUUGAUUGGAAGCACCUUAUAAUUGAGCUAAUAUAUGGAUUUCAGUUACAUCGUCUGUCCAAGUAUGCGAGGCCCAUGAGACGGGCUUUAAUCACUUCUCUUUUUUGUCAGUAUUUUGAUAGGGGACCUAUGUAUAUGGAAGGAGUUAGUAUCAUGUAAAUCGUAUCACCAAUUUAAGGAUCCUCGUGUUUUCUUACUUUUCAACA